UUCUGAUGAUUUAGAUCAGUGUCUCGGUGUUACACACGCCGCACGCUUUUUGUCUUGUUUUGUUUUAAUAGAUACAGCGCUAACGUAUUAACCUGAUUUGGGGGCGGGGCUACGUACAAGCCCGUUCGGACCGGUCAUAUCCGAGAUCGCACCCUGGACACGGAACUUGCGUUCUAGGCUAGCGCUGACCCAGAGAAUGUUUUGGUUGCCAUGGUAACGUUGUUGUUCUGUUACCGGGUGGCUACAUGUUUGUUUGUUUGUUUGUUUGUUGGGGGUUUUUUUUUUUUCUUCAAUUUUGGGUCAAAGUACCUGCAUGUGUUCUGAUCUCUGACCUGCCAAACAUUCACCCGAGUUUUCAGCUGCUAUUUUUACACCCGCUAUCAGUCGCUUCUGUUUCCUGGUAGUCGCUGAUAUGUUGCUCCUCGUCUGCAGCUCGUGGACCAGGGGUUAUUGAAUUAUAACCUCUGGUGCUGGUGAGGAGCGCAGACACGGUCGGCUCGCUGAAGGUGAAGCCACGUCGCCAUGGCACAGAUUCCGUCACUCGUCUUAAUGACAUUUUUCACCCUCGUCCUGGCAGAGGAUCAGCAGCAAAAGGAUGACCCGUUCACUUUUGAUUAUCACCAGCUGCGUGUCGGAGGGCUGAUCAUGGCCGCAGUGUUGUGUCUGAUCGGCAUCACUAUCCUCCUCAGUGGACACUGCAGGUGCAAAUUUAACCAGGACAAGAGGAGGAGGACAGGAAGUAACGCAGCGAACCAACAGAUGCUCAAUGACACAGUAACCGGAUGCAGUGUGACAUGAGCGAGUGGGCUGUAGCGGUUGGAGGCGUGUCCUGUGUAUGAGUUCCAUCUGUUGAGUGUUGUUUUGCUCGUUGCUCCUGUGAUGCGCCGGUAAACACAAAGCCAGCUCGGCCGUAUGGUGCUGCUCUCUACGGAGCCUCGGCACAGUUUCCAUGAUGACUGGCUUCCUCUGUGUGUGUGCGUGUACCUGAGAGAGGAAACAGAGGCGCCGAUACACGCUGGAAAUUGCAACACAAAUUACAGUAAAAAUCAAACAUCACCUCUUCAAUCUGGCAACCCACUGCGGGUCACGUUAAAACCCCAAACCACCCCGGUGAUAAAAAAACAACCCAGAGGGUGUUCAGGGCUGCGAUCCUCCAUUUCCUCCUGUAGCUAUGAGCUUGUCUGUAACUCCGCCUCCUGUGCUAUGAUUGGCUGAGAGGCUGCGAUAAAUCACGCCCCUUUGUAUCAUUCUUUUUAAGUAGAGCUGCAACUGUACAUGUACAACAGGAACAGAUUGCUUUAUAGUACAGUGGAGAGGAAGAGUUUGUGCAGGCCCAGGCCCUGAAGCAGCGAUGCAUCCCCACAGCAUCACACUUCCACCACCAUGCUAGGCCGUAACUAUGAUGUUCUUUUUGUGGAAUUCGUUGCUUGGUUUACGCCAAAUGUAACCUUAACCCUGUCUUCCAAACAGUUCCACUUUCACCUCAUCAAUCCACAGAACAUUCUCCUGAAAGGUUUGAGGAUCGUCAAGGUGUGUUCUGGAAAAAUUCAGACGAGCCUGAAUGUUCUUCUGGGUCCGCAGCGGUUUUCGUCUCGCCACUCUUCCAUGGAUGUCAUUUUUUCCCCAGUGUCUUUCUGAUAGUGGAGUCAUGAACAGUGACCUUUAUUGAAGCAAGAGAGGCCUGUAGGUCCUUCGCUGUUCUCCUUUGCACGUUUGUGACUUCCUGGAUGAGUCGUCGUCGUGCUCUUGGAGGAAUUUUGGAAGCUUCUGGGAACGUUCACUACUGUGCUGUUUUUCCAUUUUUUAGAU